AUGACUGGCAAAACACUGGGUGUCCUCUUUUUGUCAUCUGCACAGAAAAAAGAAGAAGAAGCCAAGGAAGAAGAGGAGCCAGAUGAGGAAGGCUGGGUGACAGUUACAAGGAAAGGACGCCGUCCAGGUUUAGCAAGAACCGAAGCUGCCAAUAUUCGAGUGACAGAAAAAGAAAAGAAGAAGAGAGGCCAGAAGGAACUGCUGAACUUCUAUGCCUUUCAGAGUCGCAAAAGCAAAAAAGAAUGUAGGUUUUCUCUUCUACAGCAGAAAUAUGUGCCUAUGGGAAUUACUUUUUUUUUAUUUUGUAUCAGGAAAGAUAAUAAUGCUCAACCACAAAGUGUAGUAAGCGUAGGAUCAGUUAUUACUUGA